CCGUCGUAGAUUUCGCCAUGGACUCUUCGCGCUCCGAUUGGUUCACCCGGCUGCUCUACACCGGCGCGGCGGUCGGAGGCGCCACCUUUGUGGCGAUUGCGGCCAGGCAUUUUCUGCGAGUUUCCCGAGCCAGGGCGCAGUUGCAGUCGCUGCUGCUGGGUGUGGCCGGCAGCGAUGCGCGUGUGGUGAUCACCGGCGCCAGCGGUGGCAUUGGCCGGGAGCUGGCACAGCAACUCCUGCGCAAUCCUUCAGUUCAUGUGCUCGUGGGCUGCCGUGACCAAAAGAAAGCCAAGAGCAUUUUCAGGUCGGAACGUGCUAAGGUGCACAGCUUGGACCUGUUGGAUCCCGACUCGGUGCAAGCCUUUGUUGAGGAGGCUCAUAGCUUUCUGGCCGGUGACACUGGCCUGAGGAUGUUGGUGAACAAUGCUGGGGUGCGUCCACCCCCUUCCAGCUCUGCGAAAGGUUUUGACUGCACGUGGCAGACGAAUUUCCUGGGACCUUUCUUGCUGACCGAGUUGUUGGCUCGCCUGCGACAGAAGCACCAGCACUCCCCUGUGAGGGUGGUGCACGUCUCUAGCCGUUUGGAGAAGAGAUCUGAGCUCAACGCCGAGCUGUUGGAGUCCAUUGGAAAGGGAGAGGUACCUGAAACCUCAGCGUACUCCGAUUCCAAGCGGGCGUUGAUGCUCUGGACCUCGGUCCGAGCCCAGAGCCUGGCCUUCAAAGGCGGCCUGUUCUGCCACUGUACCACCCCUGGGAUGGUGGACAGCGACCUGGGCAGGCAUACCCUGUCUCCCUGGCUGUGGCCCUUGACCAAGCCGCUCCGCCUGCUGCUUCUCCGCAGCUCCGCGGAGGGCGCGCUGUCGGUGGCGCACCACGCGCUAACGCCGGCGGCCACCAGCUGCUUCGGGCGCUACGCGGAUGGCAAGACGCAAUUGGAAGAUUUGGUCAUCGAACGCAUGGGCGACAAGCAGCUGGCCCUGUCCUUGGUGAAGUGGGCCACCAAAGUGACGGCUUUGGAGCAGCGCGCCGAUGGAUAUGACCGGUGAAACGGCAAAAA